CACCCUCCAUUUCUAUUCCUCCUUUUCCGUCUCCGUCGCCGUCGAGGGACCUCAGGGGAAGAAAGAACAAGAUGAUGAUGACACGGGCGUCAAUGGGGGCCAUGGACGGGGCGGCGUUGGACGAGGUGGUGCGGCGGCUAGUCGAGGGAGGCCGCGGGGGUCGCCAGGUGCAGCUCUCGGAGGCGGAGAUCCGCCAGCUCUGCGUCGAGGCCAAGAGGGUCCUCCUCUCGCAGCCCAACCUCCUGCGCAUCCACGCGCCCGUCAAGAUCUGUGGUGAUAUCCACGGUCAGUUUGUUGAUCUUCUGAGGCUGUUCGAUUUAGGUGGCUAUCCUCCAGCUUCAACUUAUCUUUUCCUUGGAGACUACGUGGAUAGAGGCAAACAAAGUUUGGAAACCAUAUGUCUGCUUCUGGCAUAUAAAGUGAAGUACCCUGAUAAGGUUUUCCUGUUAAGGGGAAACCACGAAGAUGCAAAAAUUAACAGAGUUUAUGGUUUCUAUGAUGAAUGCAAGAGGAGAUUCAAUGUUCGUCUGUGGAAGAUAUUCUGUGAUUGCUUCAACUGCUUGCCUAUGGCAGCACUUAUUGAUGACAAGAUAUUCUGCAUGCAUGGUGGCCUCUCACCUGAAUUGAAUAGCUUAGAUCAAAUAAAGGAUAUCGAGAGGCCUAUUGAAAUUCCUGACUACGGUCUUCUGUGUGAUUUGCUUUGGUCUGAUCCUAGUGCUGACACACAAGGGUGGGGGGAGAGUGAUAGAGGUGUUGCUUGCACUUUCGGUGCAGAUAAGCUUGUAGAGUUUUUGGAGAAGAAUGAUCUUGACCUUAUAUGCCGAGCACAUCAGGUGGUAGAGGAUGGAUACGAGUUCUUUGCGGAAAGGAGAUUAGUCACGAUCUUCUCAGCUCCAAACUACUGUGGAGAAUUUGAUAAUGCGGGUGCUCUGUUGAGCAUAGAUGAGAGCUUAAUGUGUUCUUUCCAGAUCUUGAAGCCAAAAGAAACAGGCGCACCACAUUCAAGAAAACCAAAUACAAACAAGGCACCGAGAGCGGAAGAUGGUUAACUUCGUAUCCAGUCACAUAGUCAUAACUGUUGUCAGCUCGAAGGGGGUGAUCUCCUAUAUCUCAGAUCCACCAGGGCAUGGCAUUAGAAGCACUCUCCAGCCCAGUUCUCUUACCCUCUCCGCUACUUGCUGGCGGUACUGCACUCUUCUGUAUAGCAGUGUCUGGCUCGCAUUCUUGUUGUGGAUGCAGUAAUUUCGUUGUUGUUAGUUUGUUAGUGUUGUUUCUUUUGCCUGAUUGCUGUGAGCUAUGUUUCCUUGACAAUGUAUGGUUGGUGGAGUUGUAUGCAGUUGACCCUGGCACCUGUGAAAAUUGAACGGGGUACGUUUUUGGUGUGUAGUUUGGUGAUCCCUCGGCUUGGAGCUGCACAAGCUACUUAGUACAUGCUCCCUACAAUUCACAAAACACAUUAUAUUUUUUUUCUCAUUUAUUUCUUAAUAUAGCUCAUUUCUCU